ACAGCUGAGAGAAAAGGGAGUCAGUCCGAGGGAAGAGGAAAAAAAUACCUCACAGCGCAGCCCGCCUCAGAACAAGCAGCGGCACCGGGAAUCGCCGUCACUCUUUGUUCUGUCCUGGCUUUUUAACAACAAAAAAGUGAUAUUUUAACACGUCGUUCACACAUGCCAUCCCGGAAGUACAUGGAAAUGGACCCUCGCGGGGCUGCUGAUCACUGUGGGUCUAAGCGGAGGAGGCAUGACACCGAGCAGUCUGGCACCAAUCGAUGUUCUCCUGGUCUAGAGUACACAGAUCUGGAGGCAGCCGAAGCGCUGGUGUGUAUGAGCUCCUGGGGUCACUUUGUCAGCAGCAACAGGCCUAACCCCUGCAAGCCGAGACCUCUCACCCCUGCCUCCGACUCCUGCGACUCUCUCCUGCCUCCAGACCUCCCAGAAUCCCCAAAAGACUUUGUGUCGCUUUCCUCUCUGUGCAUGACGCCACCUCACAGUCCAAGCUUUGCCGAACCCUCAUCCUCCAGUGCUGCCGCGUCCUCGCAAUGUUCAAAUAACACCCCCUCACUCCCCCCUCCGCUGCAGCCCUGUAGGUCUAUGGCGACUAGUGUAAUUCGCCACACGGCAGACAGCUCCCCCUGCCAAUACCACAUUCGAGGGGCCCCCAAUUUUGAGAAAAGUAGAGACGCUGAAUCGGCUAUGACGGCGCAGCAGCAGCAGCAGAGCAUAACCCCGAUGGAGCAGAUCACCACACCCCCGUCUCCUCCUCCUCCAGCUUCUCUCAUAACCUCAAAAACAGACGCUGGUCCUUCUAAACCCUCUUUGGACAAUAUCUCCACACUCAUUCCUGUCAGCACCCAGCAGCAAAACAGCCCUCUUGCUCCUUCAACCCUGACCCCGCCUCCAGUCACAAGCCCUCAAAUCAUCUGCCAGAUGUUCCCCUUUAGCGGCCAAUCAGGUAUAAUAUCAGCCUUAAUCCCCAGUGCAGUCCAGGCAUCCUCCACUGGGGCCCGAACUGCCUCCACGCCCAUUCUUCCUCAGCCGGCCACCUCCAACACCGCCCCUGUGCAGCAGUCCCUCAUUGUGGGCUCUGCAGUGCCUCAGGGCACGGUGAUGCUGGUCCUCCCCCAGUCCUCAGUCCCCCAGACCUCUCACGGACCUCAGACUGUCAUGACCUUAGGCAACACCAAACUCCUCCCUUUGGCUCCUGCCCCAGUGUACGUGCCCACCGGACCCGGAGGAAGCACAGCAGCCACAAAGAUGGACUUUUCCCGCCGGAGAAACUAUGUGUGCAACUUCCCUGGUUGCAGGAAGACCUACUUCAAGAGCUCACACCUCAAGGCUCAUCUUCGCACACACACGGGAGAGAAACCCUUCAGCUGCAGCUGGGACGGCUGCGACAAGAGGUUUGCCCGCUCCGACGAGCUCUCUCGUCACCGCCGAACGCAUACCGGCGAGAAGAAAUUUGUGUGCUCUGUAUGUGACCGGCGGUUCAUGCGCAGCGAUCACCUCACCAAACAUGCCCGGCGCCACAUGACCACCAAGAAAAUCCCCACCUGGCAGACCGAUGUUCGGAGUCUGAACAAGAUGGCUACGGGCAAAAACCCUCCCACCAAAACCACCAGCCUCGCCACCAUCAGCAUGCUGGUACCUGCUGGCUCUCAGUAGGCAACAAACACUUUACUAAUGCAGGCCUGGCACGAAUGGGCUGUCUGACUCGUGGGAAUAACAAGAAAAACAUGCACUGGACCUUUAAAUCUCUACUGCUCAUUUGUACAUGUUCACAAAAGGAUUCUUUCAUGGAUGCACUCUUUGCCAAAGCCUUUGUACGACUUUGCAUUUUGUAAUCUCCACCUCUUUUCGCAGCGUUUUUAUUUGUUGUGACACCAAUAUGUGAAUGUAUUGUUUUGUUGCGUGUCCGAUUUUGCGGGGAAAACGUUGCUAUAUAAACAAUGUAAAUAUGAAUAUGUAAUCGGCAUUAUUAUGAUUAUACCUUUAUGAUUACUGCAUACCUCUGUCUAACUUUCAUAUUAUUUAAUACAUAUUUGUAAUUAAAAACACGGCCCAUUUA